GCCAGGCCACGGCCCGCGGGCGCGCGCCCCAGCCGGGCCCUGCGGUGGCGGCCGGUGUGUGUGUGUGUGAGUGUGUGUGUGUGUGUGUGUGUGUGUGUGUGUGUGUGUCUCUCUCUCUCUCCGGUCCGCUCACCCUCGCCGGGGCUCCGCACUGCGCGUGCGCCGACGCCGGCGCCCUGGCUUAAGAAGCCGACUGUAGUUUGCUCCGGAGGAGUAGCUAGGUAGUCCCCGGAAAUGAGCUCUCUGCCGACCCGCCGACUGGCACCGUAGUUCCACGGCCGCGACGAGCUUAGGGCGUCUAAGAAUAAUGCUAUAAUAAACAAUCUUCUACCUGGACCUAAAUGCAAAGAUAUUGGCGUUUCCAAGACAACAAGAUACAACAUAUAUGCUUUGAAGUCCUAGGAGAAUUGUGGAUUCAAAGACCUGUAAUGGCCAGAUACUACAGUGAAGUUCAGAGUUUGCAGCAGGAUGACUCAUUUAUAGAAGGAGUGAGUGACCAAGUCCUUGUGGCCGUGGUGGUCAGCUUCGCGUUGAUCGCUACUCUCCUGUAUGCGCUUCUCAGAAAUGUACAGCAGAACAUUCAUCCAGAAAACCAAGAGCUAGUCAGAGUGCUGCGAGAACAAUUCCAAACAGAACAGGAUGUCCCUGCUCCUGCCCGACAGCAGUUCUACACUGAAAUGUACUGUCCAAUCUGCUUACAUCAAGCCUCCUUCCCUGUUGAAACAAACUGCGGACAUCUCUUCUGUGGUUCCUGCAUAAUUGCAUACUGGCGAUAUGGGUCCUGGCUCGGUGCAAUCAGUUGCCCUAUCUGCAGACAAACGGUAACUCUACUCCUAACAGUAUUUGGUGAAGAUGAUCAAUCUCAGGAUGUUAUAAGAUUGCGUCAAGAUGUUAAUGAUUAUAACCGGAGAUUCUCAGGGCAGCCUAGAUCUAUUAUGGAAAGAAUCAUGGAUCUCCCCACCUUGCUGAGACAUGCAUUCAGGGAAGUGUUUUCAGUUGGGGGUCUCUUCUGGAUGUUCCGCAUUAGGAUAAUGCUUUGUUUGAUGGGAGCUUUUUUCUACCUAAUAUCACCUCUAGAUUUUGUACCUGAAGCCUUGUUUGGAAUUCUGGGCUUUCUAGAUGACUUCUUUGUUAUCUUUUUGUUGCUUAUUUACAUCUCCAUUAUGUAUCGAGAAGUGAUAACUCAAAGACUAACUAGGUGAAAAAAAAAUUAGUUUACCAAAAUAUUCAAGCUUAUAUAUAAAAUCAAACAAAAGGAUCCAUGGCAGUAUCAAUCACCCAAAUAUUAUUUUACAUGCUUAAAACAUUUGGUUAUCAUUUGACAAAUGCCUAAGAAUAUACAACUGGAACAUUUACAUAUUACAGCUUCUAAUGUUAACAUCAGAUGUAUAGAUCUACAGGUUUAUCUCAAUUCUGUGUUGUCUGUAAAAAAAGUAUGAAACCAAUUGAAAAGGGAUACUUUGUUGUUUUCUUUUUCUGCAGAUUAUUUAGCUUAGAUAUGCAGUUCAAUAUUGCCGAAUGUACAAUUCAUCAUCCUCAGUGGGUACCCAUACAAUAAUAGAGAACUUUGAAACUUGCCUAAAUAUUUUUUUGUUAAAGUAAAAUAUUGUAUGAUAGUAGGGAAAGGUCAGUGUCUCGGUGUGUGCUAAGCUCUGUGGAGCAGCUCUGCUUUUCCAUUUUUGUAUAAUUCUUUGUGAUCAACUGAAAAUGAAAGAAACUUGAACUUCCUGAUUUGACCUCAUUUUCAGUCUCUAGACCACUUUAAUCAAUAGGAGGGUUAACAAGUGAAAACUACGCCUCUCCUGGAGGCACUUUUGACAUUCAGUUAUGACAUUCAACCAAGAGUUUGGACUUUUUAUAGAAACACAUACAAAAGUAACUCGUAGCCAGCUGUGGCGGCUUUACACUUGUACUUUCUGCAUUCAGGAAGCUGAGGUAGAAGAUUGUUACAAGUUCAGGGUCUGCCUAGACUAUGUAAUGAGUUCCCAGAAGGGUGAGCUAAAGAGUGAGAUCCUACCCAGACCAAAAGCAGGGCAGUGGGGAAAGGUGCUUGCUCUCAAGCCUGGGUUUGAACCUGGGUCUCACAUCAUGGAAGUACAGAACAGAUUUUUGUGAGCUGUCCUCUGACCUUCACAUGAGUGUAUACACACACACACACACACACACACACACACACACUACAAACACAAAGUAAAUAAAAUGCAAUGAAAAGGAAAACAGAAUAGCUUGUAAAGGGAAAUGAUUUUGUCCUAGGAACCUAAGUAACCUUGCAAACAAGUAGUAAUUGGUACCAUUUUGACGAAACAGGCUGUUUAUUUCUAUUGGCAUGAGUCAGGGCCUUUAGGAAGGUACUAAGAACAGUAUUUAGAUUUUACAAAUUAUGAGUUAACUCUUCCAGCAAAAUGAAGAUAUUUGAUUAGUUGUCUAUUGCCCUGAAAAUGUAAAAAUACUAUCUUGUAGAUUAUUUGUCUCAGAUUCAUCAUGUCUUGGACAGAAUGAGGAAAUGUGUAUAAGACGCCUAACUAUUGAGGUUCAUACUGGUUUUGUUGUUUUGGAUGGCCGUGACAUGGGGACAUGAGGUCUAUAGUUCUGUUUGAGUGGACUGAGUACUGUAACUGAGCCACUUACUGGAGAGCAGCUGAAUGAGGUGUGAGGUAAGGCCCAGGCCCUGCAAUCUGAUUGCUGUGACUUCUCAGCCUCACUGUGUGUUCUAAUAGAACCAUUGACUUCUUAGCCUCACUGUGUGCUCUGAUAGUACCAUUGACUUCUUAGCCUCAC